GUCCUCCGCCUGGAUUCCAGUUCAUUCUCACUCUUCAGCCGCCGGAUUACGACGACGAAGAGGAAGAGGAUGGACCACCGCCUGGAUUCAACUUCGUCGCCCCCAAACCCCCUCAAUUACUCCCUUCUUCUGGUUAGAUAUGACAAGCAGCAAACAAGACAACAUGGAUGAAGAUGAUGAUGAUGGGCCACCACCUGGAUGGGAGUUUGGUAAACUUGUAAAUGCAUUGGAAAACACGACACCAAGCCCAACAGGUUGUAGUUUUUAUUUACUAUUUAAUGGUUUUGGUUUGUGAAUCAUCUUGGUAUCAUUCUUCAGCUAGCGUAAUUUAAUUAUCAGACUAGACUAGGUAUUUCUAAGUUCAACUUACCACUCUUAAGUAAUUUGAUUAAAUGUUGCUUUUCAUAUGAAUAAUGAUUAUUUAAAUGAUUGGGAAAAUGAGAAUUGCAUGUCGGAUGUUUUUGCUUGUGAAGUCUUUGUGUAUAAACCUUACUCAUUUUGUGGUUAUAUUCUUUCAUAUUCUUUCUAUACUUUGUGUACCGUUCCUUAGAUUUGUUACCCCAGACAUCUCAGAUGUAAAGGAGGAGAGCAAUGAAGACUUAGAUGAAGGUCCACCACCUGGAUGGGAGUCAGUGCUGACGUGUCAGAUGCCACAACCACAAACACCACCACUGCAGCCACCAUCAACUGUGUCUUCCAAUUGUGAGAUGGGAAGCAAACCAAAAACUACAGAAAUGGAUGAUGAAAUGCAUCAAUCAGAAUCAGAAAAGAUCCCCACGCCAGGGCAGUCUUCGCCAGCUACACCUCCAACACAGCAGCUGCUGUUAUCUGAACAGCCUUCUGAUGCAGUAAACAAAGAAGAAGAAAACAAGAAUGAUGAGAAGAGACCAACACCUAUGCCACAGCCUGCAUCUCCUCUUCAACAGCUUCAGUCAAAGCCACACUCAUUGACGCCAGUGCCUAAAUCAUCAUCUUCUGCAGAGAAAGCACAGCUAGUUUGUGGUACAUGCCGAAAAUUGUGUCUGUAUCCACAAGGAGCAAAGUGGAUUAGAUGCCCAGGAUGCCAGGAAGUCAAUUUCGUCCUAGCAGCCCAUGAAGUUGGCCAAGUAAAUUGCGGAGGCUGUGCAGUGCUCCUUAUGUAUCCACAUGGAGCACCAGCAGUUCAAUGCUCUUCCUGCCGUUUUGUGACUGAAAUCGGGGCACACAAUAGGCGGCCUCCUCUUUCCAUUCAGCAGGCGCAAGCUCGAGAUCAGAGAAGACGACAUCGUUCCACCGGAGUCCGGUAGCCUGUACAAUCUUGAAUUGUUAAUCACACAUACUAAUUUUAUUGUAUAUCUUGCAGCUAUUAGUUUCCUUCCAUUUCUUCUAUCAAUUUGGCGUAAUAUGCUAAAAGCUUCAAAACGUUGCAUCA